AUGUCCCCCUAUUUCUUGAAUAGUAAAAUCUUGUCCCAACAACUUAGUUCACAAACAACAAAAGAUAAACUACCAGAAAAAUAUGGACCAUUCUACUUCGAUCAACCUGUGGAUCAUUUCUCAUCCGAUACGACAACAUUUAAGCAUAGAUAUUGGGCAAAUACAGAUGCAUAUACAGCAGGUGGUCCUGUCAUCUUAUAUAAUGCUGGUGAAGUAGCUGCUGAUGAACGUUCAUUUUAUGUAAUUAAUUCAUCCAUGGCUGAACUUGCUAGAGAGCUUAAUGGUAUAGUCAUUGUUAUGGAACAUAGAUUUUAUGGUGAAUCUAUGCCUGCGCUAAAUUAUUCGGCGAAGUCGCUGGCCACCUUGAAUACGAAACAAGCACUCGCAGACAUAGCUUCAUUUAUCACUGAUUUGAAGUUACCAAAUUUAGACAUUGAGCUGCCAUCUGCACCAGAAACUAAGUACAUUGUCUAUGGAGGCAGUUAUAGUGGCAACUUAGCUGCAUGGAUGCGACAAAAGUACCCUCAAAUUGUCUUUGCAGCCAUUCCUUCUUCAGCACCUGUUCAAAUGAGUUACAAUUUUUAUCAGUAUUUUGAUCCUAUCCGACGAUAUGGACCGGACCAUUGUAUUCAAGCAAUUCAUUCUGUCAUCACGUACGUGGAUCAUAUUUUAUUUAGUUCUUUACAGCAUCCCAUAUCAGCUUUGAAGAACAAAUUUGGAGCAGCCGAUUUAGAACACAACGACGAUUUUGCAGAACGUAAGUUAAAUCAAUAA